UCGUAGAAAGAUACGAUUCUAUAGAUGAUGAUUAUCGUGAAUUGAUGCUAUGCUUGAGAAAACAUCAACUCGCAUUAGAAUAUGUUCAGUUACUGGAUUCUACAUUUACAUAUGUGACGUUUGUUCUUUUAACUUUCAAUGUGCUGAUGAUGAGCGUAAUUGGAAUACAACUUAUCAACAAAUUAGGACAUACGGAAGAAGUAAUAAGAUAUAUUUGUGUAACUAUGAGUGCAUUUACUCAUCUUGUAUGCAUGUGUUUUCCCGGACAGUUACUAAUAGAUAAAAGCACAGACGUCUUCGACAAAGCAUACAGUUCAGGAUGGUACACGUUCUCCGUAAAAAGCAAAAAUUUAUUAAAAAUACUUUUAUAUAGAAGUUUCGUUCCUUGUACACUUUCGGCUGGAAAUAUGUUUGUUAUGUCAAUGACUAUGUGCAGUUCGGUGAUGCAAACUGCUCUGUCGUAUUUCACUACCUUAGCAUCCAUGAAAUAG